UACCCUUGUACUACUUUAUUUUCUUCUCCUCUGCUCUUCGUAUUCUAUAGUAUACUACUCCUUCAAGACAAUCAUUAGUGGCUAGUAGUAUUAUAUAAUAUGUGUAGUUCGUUCCUUUAAAAGAACAAUCAACAAAUAAACAUUGGAUUGGAACCUUAAUUACCAAUUCACAAAUUUAUCAAUGUCAGACCCUAGUUAUGCAAUUGCAAAGGCUGUGGCUGCUACAGCCGGAGCUAUGUUACUUAUUGCAGGGAUUUUCUUUUACUUGUUCCAAAAAUAUGCACCUGCUACGUACCCCAAGAGGAACAAAUUUCCAUAUGAUUAUGAGGGUAUAAGGAAACUUGUUGGCGGCAAUGUGAAGGGACUAAUUAUGGAAGAAAAUGGGGUUGAUGUUCUUUACAUGUUGGACACUGGAGGCAAAGAGUUGGUAACGGGAUUCACAAGUAGUAGCUUCAAUCCUAGUUUUGAAGAUGAUGAUUUAAAACAAGAAAAGAGAAUUGAUGUUGUGGUCCAAAGAUCCAAAAUAUCAAAGCCUAAGGUGAUUCUAGAACCUCCACUUCCUCCACUAUCACAAGCUUCACCAAGAAUUGAUCAAGAGAAGAAAACUCAACCACCACCUCCUCCUCCGCCUCCACCUCCUCCUCCACCACCGCCUCCUCUCCCUCCACUACCACCGCCACCGGCACCAAAGGCACUGCCACCUGGUCCACCUCCACCUCCAAAGGCUGGUGGCUUCAGUUCAUCAUCCUUGAAGCCCCCACCUGUGCCUAAAGGGAAACCAAACAGCCAAAGAACCAAAGAGGGUAUUCUAGGAGAGAGCUCAAGAGAGAAGAAGGGUGCCGGUGAAACAAGGCUUAAGCCUCUACAUUGGGAUAAAGUUAUGGCUAAUGUUGAUCAUUCAACAGUGUGGGAUCAGAUCAACGAUGGUUCUUUUAGGGUUGAUGAUGAGCUCAUGGAAACACUCUUUGGUUAUUCAACCACCAACAAAACUCAAGAAAGAAACAAAAGUGUCUCAACUUUGACAAAGUCCAACUCCAACACACCAACUCAAAUAUUCAUUUUGGAGCCAAGAAAAUCCCAAAACACUGCAAUUGUUCUAAGAUCACUUGCCACCUCUCGCAGGACUAUCUUGGAAGCACUACUUGACGGCCAAGGACUAAGCCUAGAGACGCUCGAAAAGCUCACCAAAAUAGCUCCCACACAAGAAGAAGAAUCCAAGAUCAUGCAGUUCAAUGGCAACCCUGAAAAGCUUGCAGACGCCGAGUCUUUCCUCUACCACAUCCUCAAAGCGGUUCCAACCACAUUCCAUCGUCUCAAAGCCAUGCUUUUCAGGUAUACUUAUGACUAUGAAGUUCUUCAACUGAAAGAAUAUUUGCAAGCACUCGAAAUGGGUUGCCGGGAACUGAGAACUAGUGCUUUGUUCCUGAAGCUUCUUGAAGCAAUUCUCAAAGCUGGGAACAGAAUGAAUGCGGGAACAUCAAGAGGGAAUGCAAAAGCAUUCAAUUUGAGUGCUCUUAAAAAACUCUCUGAUGUGAAAAGCACAGAUGGAAAGACUAGUUUGCUUCACUUCAUAGUGGAACAAGUGGUUCAAUCAGAAGGUAAAAGAAAAGCUAUGUACCAAAGAAUCAAUGGCGAAAAAGAACACAUAAUGCUUGGUUUUGCAGCCCUGGAUGGGUUAAGAGAUGAGAUAUCUGAAGCAAAGAAAGCAGCGAGUAUAGAGUAUCAAACUUUUAUCACAAUGUAUUCCAAUCUCAAUUCUCAUGUUAUUGAAAUCAAGGAGAUUGUAACAAAAUGUUGUGGCAGCAGCAACACUAGCGUUGAUGGGUGUGGUGGGUUUUUAAAGGAAAUGAAAGGGUUCAUAGAGGAAUGUGAGGAAGAGCUUAAGGUUGUGAAAGAAGAGCAAACAAGGAUCAUGGAUCUUGUGAGGAAAACUAAUGGUUAUUACCUACCAGGAACAUUUUUAUCUAAAGAUAACGGCAAUUUGACGAACCCCUUUGAAUUGUUUGUGAUUGUGAAAGAUUUUGUUGAUAUGGUGGAUCAGGCUUGUGUGGAGCUUAAAAAGAAGAUGGAAAAGAAGGGUGUUGUAGGAACAGCAGAAGGUGGAUUGGAACCACUACCUUUGUCUCCUUCAAAGAGGGUACCACCUAGAUUUCCCAACUUUGAUUUAUAUUUUUCGUCAAAUGUGUUGGAAUCUACUUCCUUCAGCCAAUCAGAAGAUGAUUCCUGAAGCGUGUUUUUAUGCACUUGUUUGUCUCCUUUACAUAAUAUCCUGUUAGACACAAAGGCCAUUUAUACGAUGACAACGGUUUCAAUUA